GCCGUUGCCAACCACCUGAGCGAACAUAGCAACCGGAGCCGCCCGGAGGCACGCGGCAAUGACAGCGGCUGGAGGGGCCCGGGGCAGCUGUGCCGCCUGGUAAUGGAGUCGGCCGGGACCGAGCCCGAGAGCUGCCCCCCGGCCCAGGAGCCGCCAGUGUCCCCGGCCCUCCCCGCCGAGGAGCCGGAGCGGAGCGAGGCCGCCCCGGAGCCCCAGCAGGAGGCCGAAGGGGUCCCCCCGCCGGCCCCGGUGGCUCAGGGCAGGAGGCCCAGCGGCCCAGGCUCGAAGGGUCAGGCCAAGCGGUGCGGUGCGGGGAAGGGGGGCCGGGGCAAGCGGGGCUCGACCCGCCGUGCCGGGGAGGAGGGAGGCCGGCCCGCCCGGCGGGCCCAUGUCACCGUGGACAGCUCCAAGGCCAAGACCUCGCUGGAGGCGCUGAAGAUCAGCUUGCGGCAGCUCCGCUGGAGAGAGUUUCCAUUUGGUCGGCGCUUGCCCUGUGAUAUCUAUUGGCAUGGGUUAUCAUUUCAUGAUAAUGACAUAUUCUCAGGUCAAGUCAACAAGUUUCCAGGCAUGACAGAAAUGGUGCGUAAAAUUACCCUGAGUCGGGCAGUGCGAACAAUGCAGGAUCUAUUUCCUGAAGAAUACAACUUCUACCCCCAUUCAUGGAUUCUGCCAGAAGAGUUUCCCCUCUUUGUUGCUGAGGUUCGCAUGAUGAAAGAGAGCGAUCCACCUUGGAAGCCCACUUUCAUUGUGAAACCUGAUGGCGGGUGUCAAGGGGAUGGAAUCUAUCUCAUUAAAGACCCCAGCGACAUUAGAAUGGCAGGAAAUCUACAGAGCCGGCCAGCUGUAGUCCAGGAGUAUAUCAGCAAACCGCUGCUGAUUGACAAACUGAAAUUUGAUAUUCGUCUAUAUGUCUUACUGAAAUCCUUAGAACCAUUAGAGAUUUAUAUAGCCAAAGAUGGACUCUCUAGAUUUUGUACAGAGCCGUAUCAAGAACCCACCCUGAAAAACUUGCACCAGGUAUUUAUGCACUUAACCAACUAUUCACUGAAUAUUCAUAGCGGGAACUUCAUCCAUUCUGACAAUGUAAACACUGGCAGCAAAAGGACUUUUUCAAGCGUUCUUUACAGACUGUCUUCCAAAGGGGUUGACAUCAAGAAACUGUGGUCAGAUAUAAUUUCAUUGGUGAUUAAGACUGUUAUUGCACUGACUCCAGAGCUGAAAGUUUAUUACCAAUCUGAUAUACCAGCUGGAAAACCUGGGCCAACUUGCUUCCAGAUUUUAGGAUUUGACAUUCUCCUAAUGAAAAAUUUGAAGCCUGUGUUACUUGAAGUAAAUGCAAACCCCAGCAUGAGAAUAGAACAUGAGCAAGAGCUUUCUCCAGGAGUGUUUGAAAAUGUCCCAAGCCCCGUUGAUGAAGAAAUAAAAGUAGCUGUCAUCAGAGAUACCCUUCGUCUAAUGGACCCGUACAAAAAGAAGAAAAAAGAUAAUCACAUUCCAGAUAGCUGUAUGGACUCAAAGCAAAGAUUUCCUCCAAUCUCAAGCAGAUUGCCACGAUCAAAUCUUCAGUUUUCAAAGUUUGCAGUAGUCAGAUCUCAACUGUCUGAGAAUGCGGCAGACACAAAAGAUGAACUACUGGAACCAGAAUCAACAGACCAAUUGGAACAUAUCAGCAAAAAUCCUGAAGCCAGCUUACCCUCCCUUUGUCUCAAGCAAGUGUUUCCAAAGUAUGCCAAACAGUUCAACUAUCUACGACUGGUGGACAGAAUGGCUACAUUAUUUAUCCGAUUCCUUGGAGUAAAAGGGACAAUGAAGUUGGGGCCAACAGGUUUCCGAACAUUUAUAAGGAACUGCAAGUUGAGUAACAGCAAUUUUACAAUGGCUUCUGUGGAUAUUCUGUACAUCGAUAUCACAAGAAGGUGGAAUAGUACGGGACUAGACCAAAGAGAAUCAGGGAUGUGCUUGCAAGCCUUCGUAGAAGCUUUCUUUUGCCUGGCUCAAAGAAGAUACAAGUCACUCCCACUUCAUGAGCAAGUGGCAUCAUUGAUUGAUUUCUGUGAAUACCAUCUAGCCAUCCUCGAUGAGAAACGCCUGGUUUGCAGCCGAGGAAUGACGGAACGCCGAGCAGCGCUGGGUACCUGUCAGCCAGAUGGACUCCACCUAACCGCAGCUACUCAUGCGCCUCUCCUGAACCGCAUGACUGCUGCCAAUAAACUUACAGAUUAUAGAAAUCAUCGGUUUUGAUGGGCGCUAUCAAGGAAAAAAGACAAUGACAGGGCUGGAAACUGAUCCCUGAACACAUGCUGCAGGAGGUGAAACACAGGCUCUUGAGUUCUUCCAUCUGACAGUCACUGUUAUUUAUUACAGCUUUCCCUGAUUUAUGCUCUUCAGAAAUGACUAUUGCAAACUUCCCCUUCCACGUAAUGACUCUCAGUGGAAAUGGCUGUUAUUUAUUAUUUCCCCAGUGGACAUACAAAGUAGCUGAAAUGACAAACUGCGUCUUUUAUUCAGAGUUUAUAGAAAAUCAUUUAUGAAGACAAAGGGGCAAAAAUGCAAUGUUUACGAUAACUGGCAUCAUGGGGUUGAUAGCACUGACUGAGAGGAGCAACCUCACUGAAGGAAUUUCAGCUUCGGUAAUGCCUAGGAGAAGCCAAUUUCUACAACAUGAGCAACAUGUUUUUGAGCUGUGCUGUGUGUUCUGGACAUUGUUUUGAAACCAAGUAAGGAGAUGCAAACUGGCAUUUAUAAAUUGUGUGCUUUUUUAAAAACUAAAAACCAAAAUUAUGCAUUUGAUCACAUUUUAGGCUUUGUCUCUCUUUAUGAGGAUUUAACUGUAUUUUGUUUUGUGUGUAUUGAUACAGUUUUUGUCUGUUGGGUGCUGGCAGCUACAUACUGUAUUUUUUAAAAAGUUAAUCCUAAAGCGCUGAAAUCAUAACCACUUUUGGGGUCCAGCUCUUUGUACACAGCCUUUGUUACUCCAGCUGCUGUUAUAUGUCAAAAGAAAAGGUUAAAAUGGCUGCCAAUCCUGCCCACCUGUAUACCCCAAACCAGCUCCAUUAAGCUCAUUAAAUUGGUAGGUGGUACUUCAGCAGGACUGCAUGCAUAUGGAUUGAUGAGCACUGAUCCUGCAAAGAGAACUGCAAAGGCUCACCUCAGCAUUGUUCUCUUUUCAGGGUAAGGGCCUGGGAGCCAGAUCUAAAGCCCAGGGAAGUCAGUGGGGCUUAAGUGGCCUCUGGAUCAGGCCUAAGUGAGUCACAGUUGUCAGGAUCAGAUGCUGGUUAUGAUCUUCAUGGCCUUGAACGGUUGAGGACCCCACCACUGAGAUUUCCAAUUUCCCAUGGUCUCAACAAAAUUAAUAAAAAAAAUUUGGAUUGAUCCAAGCAUUUCAUCUUCUGAGACAAGUGUGAGGGCAUUCUUGGCUGAAGGCCUCUGUGAGAACCUGAGUUUGAAUUCAGGGCACAGCACUCUUCACUCCCACUGGGUUGGGAGUUGAGAGCACUUAGCAUCAUGUAGAGUUAGGCCCAUAGGGCCUGAAAGCAAAGCCUGUUGAAGUCAAUGGAAGACUCCCAUUAGUUUGGAUUAGGCCCUUAGUUAGGCCUUGAUCUUAGUACUAUGGCAAACCUCUGAAUUCAGUAAGAUCUGGGUCAGGUCCUCAGUGGGUGUAGAUCGAUGUAGCUCCAUCUGACUGAGAGGCUUUCAGGGCAUACGGGCACCAUUACAGCAAUAACAAAGAGCAGUGCUCUGGGGCCAGACUGCAAAUUAAAAUGAAGGUAAUUCUAUUGUCUGGUCCUUUGGAGAGGAAAUCAAGUAGAAUUGUUCAUUACAGUAUAGUGCUUUAUGUACUGUAUGAGCACUAGCUCUCUGGGCCACUGCCUAUUACCGUAUAACUAUGCUCUGCAGAUAGGAGCAAUUCCAUACUUUGUUUUUUAUUUUAAUAAUUAUUUGAACAGCUACUGUACAUACUUUCUCUGUACUUGUAGCAUAUUCUGGCCAGCAUUCAAUGCCGUAAUUAAUAUUCUGUCACAGUAUAGCACCGAACUGUUCAGAGCUAGUUUUUCAAGUAUCUGUUCCUGUAACUAAUGGAUUUAACAGUAAAAAGCUAGACUAAUUGAAUAUUGGAUUUUUUUGCUAUCAUUUUUGGACCAGGAAUGGUACCUCGAGCUGUACCUUUUCAUAUGUCCUCAAAUUUCUCUUUAAAAAAAAUAUAUAUAUUAGAACAAAGCUGUACAAGAGAAUACAGUAAUCCCUGCUGGAUUAUGUUACUAGAUUUCUUUUUAAACACAAUUACAUAGUUUACUCCUAUUUCAUAGGAGAGAAGUUGUGGGACCCACUAGUUUGCACUCCCAUUGACCUUACUGGGGGGCUAGCUUCAGUGAGACUUUGAUACUUAGAACUUCGGUACAGUUGACAAGGAAGCUUCCAUUGUAUAGUUUGUCGCUAAUGGUAAUGCACUUACCCAAAUGGCUGCAGGAAAAAAUCCUUUCUUUUAUUCUUUAGAAUUCAAGAACCAGGGCUAAUUUGAAAGCUGUCCAUGCUGUGACCUAGCUAGCAUAGUUACAGGACAUGAAGAGGAGGAAGUAUGGCCUAGUGUUUAAAGCAUUUUGGGACUUGAGUGGCAUGGGUUCAAUUCCGUACUCUGUCACUGUCUUUCUCAGAGACUCUGGGCAAGUCACUUUGGCCGUGCCUCAGCUUCCCAUCUGUAAUACAGCAAUAAUAGCACUGUCCUAACUCACAGGGAUAAUGUGAGGAUAAAUACAGUAAAGAUGGUGAGGUGCUCAGAUACUGUGGUGACGGGUGUUGUACAAGGAUCUAAGAUAUGACAGGAUGGGCCACGCAAGCAGGUCUGUGAUAAAAUCACAUAUUUUUCAGUAAAUUUCAGCAAAAUGUUAGUAAUUAUCUACUGGAUUUUAUUACAAAAAUUGUUGCUAUUUGCAAAAAAGAUUUUGAAUUGUAUGUUUUUUAAAUUAAAAUUUCAGCUGUUUUUGAUCUUUGAUUAAAUUUC